AUGAGAUUACCAUGGCAAGUGGUCAGCACUGAUAUCUUCGAAUAUGGUGGUCAUUCCUAUUUACUGGUGACAGAUUUCUAUUCAAAGUACUUUGAGAUAGAGCUGUUAAGCCAAACGACUGCCAGUUGCGUGAUCAAUAAUUUAAAGAASAUCUUUGCCAGGUUUGGCAUCCCAGCAGAAGUGUUGAGUGACAAUGGUUCGCAGUUUAGCAACACGAGAAAYCUMUUUAACAAUUCUCAUGAAUUUAAAAGAUUUGCCGACGAAUGGGGAUUCCGUCACACCACAASCUCUCCAGAGAACACACCCUUUGAUGACCUGGGUGUUUCACCAGCUCAGCUGCUAAUGAGUAGAAGAACUCGCACCCAACUGCCGACUCACCGACGUUUGCUACUGCCCCAGCCUGUGGAACCAAAUCAGGUAGUAAAAACAUUGAAACACCGUCAGAGUGUUUCAAGAGGUUAUUACGAUGGUCAUAGUCGUGACCUGCCUCYACUACAAGUUGGGGACAAGGUGCGAAUCCGUCCUAAUCGAGAGACUGAGUGGAGGAAAGCUAAAGUGUUGCCCCGGUCUUACUUAGUAGGAGAUGAACGUGGGCGUGUCUACAGACGAAACCGACGUCAAAUCAUUGCAACACCUAAGGAUCAACCGAUGAGCCCAACUCCUUUAGUUACACMGGCUAUUCCGGAUCAAGAGGAUCAAGAGCUCCACACCAUUAGACAGACCUACGACAGAAUYACCAAAGCUUUCAGUGGUACCUGA